AAGUGCAAGAAUUAUUAACCAUGUCUCGCGUUAGUUUCGUAUUGCUUGUAAUGAUUGGAGUGCUUUGCAGCACGACUAUUGCACGAAGACAGUGCCAGGAAAAUGAAGUGUGGAGCACUUGUGGAUCGGCGUGUCCACCAUCUUGUAAAUUGCCUAAUCCAGUCUGCAUAUUACAAUGCAUGAUAGGAUGCCAAUGUCGAACUGGAUAUUUGUUAAAUUCUUUAGGAGAAUGUGUGCUCCCUUUAAACUGUUGGAAAGCAUAG